AUGGCUCGAUUAUUGGCGUUGCUUACGCUUGCCCUUGGGGCUGCCUCGUAUCAGCAACCCUUAUCGUUCGACGAGGCGGAACAGCUCAGUAAGCUUCGCGGUGCGAUUCGGAAUGUCGUGGUGCUCGUUCAAGAGAACCUCUCUUUUGACCACUUCGCCGGUGGCCUCACAUAUAACAGCAGCAUCGAUGGCUUAGUGAACCGAAAAUAUUGCAAUCCAGCAAAUGUGUCUGUACCCGAUACCUCCCGGCAAGUUUGCGCAGCCAAUACCGCUCAGAACAUUGCUGCGGAUGAUCCCAAUCACAGCAUUUCGGGGAUCAAUAUGCAGCUAUUUGGAUCAUAUCACCCUCCUGCUUUGGCUGAAUCUUCCAUGGAUGGAUUCAUUACCGAACAACGAGUUUCAUACAGACUGGAGCGUUUGCAGAAACAACAGGAAUUAGAAAGGCCCGGCAGACCAAAAAUCCAGCAUGAUGAAACCCGCGGAAUGUCAUCAGAAAUGAUCGCCCAACUCGAGCGAGAACGCGCAGCUGAAGUUAUCGAUUACUUCACCCCAGAGCAUAUCCCUGUUUUCAAUACGAUCGCAGAAAACUAUGUUCUCUUUGACAGGUGGUUUGCUGCAGUGCCCGGCCCUACCAACCCCAACAGGGCAUAUCUCACGUCGGGUACUUCAUAUGGCCAUGGCAGAAACGAUGAAGGCUUUCUUCGAUCAGAAAUGCCGCAAAAGUCUAUCUUCCAACAAUUAUCGGAGAAGGGAAUUAGCUGGACCAACUACGAGAAUUCAACAAAGUCAAGUCCUGCGUUUUUGCCCGAUGCAAUGUUCUACGAGUGGACCGCAAAAUCGAUCACAAGCAAGACAAGUGUGAAACCUAUCGAGAAUUUUUAUCAAGAUGCCGCCAAUGGUGAUUUGCCACAGUUCACUUGGAUUAACCCCGAAUGUUGCCACUACAUGUCCAUGCACCCCCCGUCUCCAAUAAACAUGGGUGAAAAUUUUGUCAAGGGUAUUUAUGAAGCCGUACGGAAUUCGCCUCAGUGGAAUGAGACGCUGUUUAUUCUGACGUGGGAUGAGCAUGGUGGAUUUGCGGAUCAUGUGCCCCCUCCAAUGGGAGUGCCUGCCGGUGACAGUCUAACAUACACAGAAAGAGCUGCCGAUGGUGGUGACUACAAAUUCCAUUUUGAUCGUCUGGGUGUUCGCGUUCCUACGGUGUUAAUUUCUCCUUGGGUUGGUAAGGGUCUUGUCCAAAACAAGCCGGAUAGAGAUAACGACUUUACCCACACUUCUAUCUUGAAAGUUCUUUCUGAGCUUUGGGAUUUGGAAGUCCUCACGCCUCGCGUGGAAUGGUCACCUUCCUUCAAGCAUUUGAUUACAAGUGAAUACCGGGACGACACACCAGAGUGGCUUCCAGACGCAACGGACUUUUAA